AUGACCGUCGCCCUCUUCCUCUCGGCCGCCGUCGCCUUGACCCCGGGCCCUGCGCUUCGCACCACGCCGGCCGUCCGCCCUGCCGUCGCGCCGGCGCUCCUCGCCGCUGCCUCGGAUGAGUCUGACAAGGCGAUCGUGUCCAAGCCGGUCGCCAUCGCGAUCGCGGCCAUCGCCAUCGGCGGCGGCGCCGUGUACGGCCCGGCCAUCGUCAACAACCCGAUCAUGCAGAAGGCGGCCAAGAAGGCCAUCGGCGGCGGCCUCUCUGGCGCCAUCGCCGGCGUGGUUCAGGUCCUGGCGCUGAUGUGGAUGCGCACGGUCGACGGUGCUGCCGCCUACAAGCAGCUCGGCGACAAGGUCAAGCGCGAGGGGCCCGUCGUCCUCUACCAGGGCGCCCUCGCCAACGCGGUGGCCUCCUUCGUCGGCUCGUACCCCUGGUUCUUCGCCUUCAACCUGGCGAUGCGCUGGCUGCCCGCCGCGCCGGUCGGCGACCUGCUCUUCAAGCUGGUCCGCUCGGCGGUCGCCGGCGUCAUCGCCUCCUUCGUGUCGGACGUCUUCUCCAACUUCAUCCGCGUGCUCAAGACGACGCGCCAGCAGGCGUCCAUGUUCACGGUCGUCUGGAAGUACCUCGAGGGGCGCAUGGCCUAAGCGGGCGGGCGCGGCGGUGUGGCGCGCGCACGAAGGCGGAAGGCGGCGGCGGAAGGCGGCGGCCCGCUGGCGGCGGCCCGUUGGCGGCGGGUGGCUGGCGGCCGGCUCUUCACUCCCCUCCCCUCCCUCCUUCGCUGUACGCGACUACACGACGUUGGAGCGUGAGCUUGGAUGGCAUAGUUUGCCUCGCUCGCUUCUUAUUUGACGGAGCUGCCGUGAGGGCCAAAUCGCUUACGCUUUAUUGUCGAGUGUCCAUGUGUGCGCGAGAAGGCUGGUACAUGUGCAAUGUGGCUGGCCACUUGGCUGGCCGCGCUGCAUGCACCCGCUGUGGUGGGUGUGGCCGCUAGAGCCUGACCGUAGACGAGAGGCUAGCGCGCGCUACUAAAGCGGACACAAACUC